UAUACCUAGUAAGAAAUAGGAAGAAAACAGAUAAACAUGAAGUAUAUUGAAAACAAUUGCGUGGCACAACAUAACAGUAUUAGACGAAUCAUUCGGUGGGCCUUUUAUAUAAGUGCAUCAAAUGCACCGAUUCUGAACCACAGGAAACUCACUCUAGUAUAUUUUGUAUUAUCGGUUGGACGAACCGUGUGUGUGAUGAGGCAACGCAACGUUGUCUCUGCUCAGAAGAAAAUGGCGUCUUCUUGGAUGGAGAGGCUCCUAGAACGUGCUCGUCCCUUCCUUAGGGGUGAGUUUGAGUCGAUUGACAAGAAUUUACCGUCUCUGGUUGGCGUAUUGCAGUCUGUGGGUGCGGGUGAGUGCUGGCACAAACAUGGAAGCUUCCUUCAUCACCUUAUUGACGUUUAUCGCAUUCUCAACCUCUGGAAAGCCCCUCCCUCUGUCUCCCUCUGUGGCCUCUUCCACUCUGCUUACUCCAACUCUUAUGUUAACCUCGCUAUCUUCGACCCUUCAACUGGUCGUGAAGUCGUUCGCAAACACGUUGGUGACGAAGCUGAGGCUUUGAUUCACUUGUUCUGCAUCGUUCCCAGGCAGCCCCUGAUUCACGAGGACCUUCUCUUUCACUACUCUGAUGAGGAACUUGUCCAACACCUCGCUCAAUCUCAGAUAUCUCUCGCCAACGCAAAGGAGAAGGGACUCUUCAACGGAGAAGAACCCUGGAGAAAGAAACUGCAGGCUCUUCUUCCCGCCGAGGGGAUUCAAGUUAAGCACAUUCGUACGGGUGAAGAGGUGCACGUUUCUAGAAGGAUUGUGGGUAUUUUUCUGAUGAUGACAAUGGCGGAUUUCUGCGACCAGUUGUUUGGUUUUCAGGAUAUGCUGUUCGAUAACGUGAAUGGCCGGCUUGAGUUUUCCGGGAACAGUUUUGGGGCUCUUUGGCCGGGAGAUGGUAAGCCAGGACUGUGGUUGAGUUCGAUUUCUAGGAUGGGAGCAUUGUACAGUUUGAUUGUGAGAGAGGAAGAGAUUUUCAUUGAAGAGAAGAAGAGAGCGGGAAAUGGUGAGUGUGAUUGUGAGAGAAAUGAAGAUAUUGAGUUGGUGUUGCCACCAGUGUUCAAUAACUGCACAAAGGUUUUGGACGCAGGGGAUCAAAUAGUGGCAAGGGAUUUGUACUGGGAAGCUGUUUGUGAUGCUCCAGGGCUGGGAAUGGAAAGGGCUGAAGAGUUACUCAUAGGGUGUAUCAACAAAAACCCAUUUGUUGGAGAGCCAUAUGUUGUACUGAGUCAGGUUUACUUGACUAAUGGGAGAUUUGAGGAGGCUGAGAAGGAGGCAGAGAGAGGACUGACCCUUCUUCUGGAAUGGGGAUGUCCCUGGGACAAGAGGACUUCUUGGGAAGGGUGGAUUGCAUGGGCCAGGGUGUUGUUAAUGAAAGCAAAGGAAAAAUCAUGGCCUCACACUUCGUGGGGCAUCCUCAGUUUGGGUCUUGUACGGUAACUCUGCUUCAUGCCUUGUCAUCUUUACACUCGUAUGGCAGCAUCCCCAGAUCAUAUAAUCUUCCACCAAAUAAGUCAUACGCCUAAAUCAGAUAUUAUGGUCUUGUACUGUGCUUUUAGGAAUAUCAGAAUCAUACCAUGUUUGAUGCCGUUUCAAGUUUUUAUACGUGGUUUGUAUUCGUCUCAUCAUGUUCCAUACAUCUGUACUCAAAAUAAUUUUGUUUUUCAAGCUCUCCGACGCAAUAUUUUAAUAUACUUCUAACAAACACAAUUUUUUCAACCUAAUCUGAGUUUUACAUGAAAUCAAUGAUAGAAAUCUCACAUCGGUGGGUACUCAUACUUUUGGACCCACUUUGGCUUAUAAAAGGCCUAGGGGCUCUCCCUUAACAUCAUCCUAUAAUCCCAAAUUUUUUCUCCCUCUCACUUUUAUAUUACAAUGAGAUUAAGAUUUGGUAGUAAUAGUUUCUUAUAUUGAGGAGUAAAUUUUAGAGUGAGGAGUAGUGUAAUUUUUCUUCUAAAAAAUAUUUUUAUAUUAUUUUUAUUUUUUUUUAU